AAAACUGUCUCUACAGCUGAGGUCAAAUGAUGGUAGGUGGAAGUGUUUGGGAUGACUAGUAGGUGAAGCUAUCAGAGGUACAGUUGAGACUACAAGAAAAAUGGACGUAUUCUUCAUUCUGACUGCAAUUCUACUUUUUGGAACAUCUGAUUCUACAAAAGGAGAAUCAGCAGCCAAAUCAGAGAUAACGUGGCAUGAUAUCCUUGCCCUACUCAGAAAAGAUGUGGUGUCAGACCUCCAGGAAGAGAAGGCGCACUCCACCAAGGCACAUGGUCAUCACAUCAAAAAUAUUGUCACAGACAUAAUGGAGGGGCUUCAUACUCUUGGUCUAUACCCCAAAAAGAGCCUGAAUCUCCAACGCUUGAUCUCCAACUCUGGUCGGCCACUGGAGAAGAACAGGCUUUCUGGAUUCCUCUACAAUAUAUCGAUGUAUAUGCAAGGCGCUGGGGGAGAGUCCAGUCCAGUACCUGAUCCAAAUCUCUCAAUCGAAGGUGGACAACAGUUCUGGGGCAAUCUAUUGCAGUCCUUUCUCAAUGUGGGUGAAAGUAUUUUAGACACUCCAAACAGGAAGGAGCCACUUAGGCCAAAGUUCAAGAUCCACAAUAUGUUUGUCUCUCUCAGAGGAAGUCAGCACUAUGCUGGGAUUUUGAGCAUGCUCCAGAUUUUGAUAAACUUUUUAGAGCGGCAGCAAAAUCACCCUCUUUUCAAUUUCCUGUGGCAAAACUGGGAUAUGAUUGGCACGUUGCUGGAGACCAUUUUUCAGACAUUGCUAAAUGGAAGUUAUGGACAUGGUAGUGCUGGACUGCAAAGCAUUUUCUGUGCUUUGACAGGGCACACAGAUUGUGGCUUUAACCUUGAUUGGUUGCAACAGCUUUAUCGUUAUUUAGAAGCAAGGAACUGGAAGCCUGUUGUCAAUUUCCACCCAGGAAUUGGAGGGAUAGGAAACCUUAAUGGAGGAAUACAGUCCGUUGGGCGUUUCAAGCCGUUCAGUGUACUUCCUGAAGCUCUCAAGGAAGAGGAUGGAGUAAAUAAUCACACAGAAAUUGAAUCUGAGCACCUGGCCUCAAUGCCAUCUCUCCUCCUCCAUGCAUUCUCACGUUCCAAUGAAAUAGAAAAGUCAGAGCCUGCUAUCGAAGCCAGUUCAGUGUUAUGGCAGGGACUGGAUGGCCUACGCCAGGGACUUUUUCAGAGAAUGGGCAGUUCAGUAUAUGUAAGUCUCAAGAGGAAGGUGUCAAGGAUUACUAGAUCUUUAUUCGAUGAUGUCACCACUCUUGUGAGAAUUCCACAACCGGACCAAGAUGGAAAGUGCACAGUAGGCAAGUUUCUAUACCUUUUCUGCUCUUAA